AUGAGUCCGUCUCACAAGAGCUCCGUCCCGGGCACGGCUCCCCUAUCGGAUGCGGGCCGCUUCCCCGUGCCGGUGCCGGUCCCCGCGCGCGGCCGGGCCAACAGCGACAACGACGAUGACCAAGACGACGAGGUUGUUGAUCCAAGCGAAUUUCAGGCUCUCUCGAGGUCAUUGACCACGGGAGGUCAUUUUCUACAGCCAGAGUCUAUGGAGAGUGCUAUGCUGAGGCCUAACCCUAACCCUGUAAUUCACCGUGAAGAUGGGGAGGCGUUUUACACGGAUGACGAGGAGGAUGAAGAGGAAGAGGAAGAUGGGGAUGUACCUCAUGAAGAAUCACCCCUUAUACAUCGACGUCACUCAAUUACAGGUCGAUCUAUAGCGUCAAUCGCAACCAAUGGAACAACAGCCUCGUCACCCUUUCUCAACGGCACAUCGACAACACGGUUCUGGUUCAUCUUCUCGCAGAUCCUAGCAGCCUACUUCAUAUCCUGCUUCGACGGCACAAUCAUGGCGUCCUCACACCCGGUGAUCACGUCCUACUUUGGCGCUUCCAACUCUGCCUCGUGGCUCUCGACCGCGUUCCUGCUCACCUCGUCGGCCUUCCAGCCGCUGCUGGGCCGUCUCUCGGAUGCCGUGGGUCGCAAGCCGUUGUUUGUUGGGUGUCUGGGUGUUUUUGCUGUUGCUACUACUUGGUGCGCGCUUGCGGGGAGCAUUGAGAGCUUCAUUGUUGGUAGGGCGUUUUGCGGUCUUGGUGCUGGAGGUGUCAUGACACUGGGCAGUAUCAUUGUGAGCGACCUCGUGCCCAUUGAAGACCGAGGUGCCUAUCAGUCCUACAUCAACAUGAACUACGGCGUCGGCUCAGCCCUAGGCGCCGCAACAGGAGGCGCCAUGGCCGACUACUUUGGCUGGCGAUGGGAGUUUGGCGUCCAGGUUCCCCCGCUGCUUCUGUGCAUGGUGGUCGCCUGGGUCGCCAUCCCAGAUGACCUAGGCAUCGAGGGAGAAAGGAAGGGUGUGUGGCAGGCUCUCAAGGAGUUUGAUGCGAAGGGAUCUCUGCUUCUGACGACGUCUAUUACGUUUGUUAUUCUGGGAUUGAACCUUGGAGGCAACGUUCUACCAUGGUCUCACCCCUUUGUCAUUGCCUCGCUCGUUAUCUUCGCCGUCGUCUUCCCGACCUUCCUCUGGGUAGAAUCAUGGGUUCACAAGCCCAUUAUGCCUCUGUACCUCAUCCGCCACGCCCCCAGAGCAAACCUCAUCUUCUCCAAUGUUAUCGCAGCGCUGCUCGCCAACUCGAUCCUGUUCAACAUUCCUCUUUACUUCCAGGCCGUCCUCCUUACCAGCGCAACCUCAUCUGGCCUUCGUCUUAUCAUCCCGACCGUUGCGUCCUCCUUUACGGGCACCCUUGUCGGCUUCGCUGUAACCUGGACCGGCCGCCUUAAGUGGCCCGUCGUGAGCGGCACCAUCUGCAUCCUCAUCGGAACCAUCGGCCUAUCAGCCCUGCGUCGGGACCUCCCCUCCCCCGUCUACCUCCUCAUCCUUCUCCCCUCGUCCAUCGGCCAGGGUUUCCAGUUCCCCGGUACCUUCAUGGCCAUCCUCGCCGCAUCUGCCCAGACUGAGCAGGCCGUUGUAACAAGCACGCUCAUGUUGUGGCGCAGCCUGGGCAUGGUACUCGGUGUUGCGAGCAGUAGUCUGGUCGUCCAGAACGCCCUGCUGCACUACCUCAACGUCUUUGUCCAGGGUGACGAGCGCGAAGACGUGAUACGCCGCGUGAGGGCUUCGGUGGAGGAGGUUUUGAAGCUGGAGCCUCACUACCGCGAGCAGGUUGUCAAGAGUUACGAGGCAGCGUUGCGGCUGACCUUUGUCUGCUGUACUUUCUUUGCCUUGCUCUCGGUGCUCUUGGUUCUCCCCAUCAAGCUUCCCCGACUUGGUGUGAGAAAGCACAGAUCUAGAUAG